AUACAAUUAAAAUUUUUAAAUCUAAACAACAAUUAAAUUAAAUUCUUCUAUAAUUAAUAAUAAACUUAAGAAAAAGAAAUCGACUUUUUUUUUCUAUUUACAUUCAAAUAAAAUCGAUACUAAAUUUAAAUAAAAGUGAACAAAAAAAAAUGGUGAAAGUUUUCAUUGGAUAAAAAUUUGAAUCUAAAAUAUUAAAAUAAGUGUUACUAUAUACAUAAAUAAAUAUGAAAUUAAUUAUAAAUAUUAUUUUAAACUGUUGUUUUAUUGUUUCGGUAUUUUCUACUCAUGAUAAUUCAUCUGACUUGGGAACUAUUGUAUUUACAAACAUACUGUUUAGACAUGGGGACAGAACACCUGUGGAACCUUAUCCGAAUGAUCCUCAUCGUAAUGAAUCAGAAUGGCCUGUACCAUUUGGUCAAUUGACAACUACGGGAAUGCAUCAACAUUUAUUAUUAGGUCAAUGGCUAAGAUCACGGUACCGUAACCUGAUACCAGAUCACUAUUCGGUUAAUGAUAUUUACGUACGUAGUACAGAUGUUGAUCGUACGUUAAUGUCAGCGGAAUCAAAUUUAGCUGGAUUGUAUCCACCUAAAGGCAAUCAGAGAUUUGAUAACAUGAAAUGGAUGCCGAUACCAGUGCAUACGGUACCUGAGGAACUGGACAGUGUGCUAGCUGGUAAAAAAAGAUGUCCACGUUACGAUUACGAAAAAAAAUUACUUAUGGAAUCAGAGACAUUCAAAAAAAUAAACCGCCAGAAUUCAAAGCUGUAUGAUUAUUUAACAAUUCAUGCGGGAAACAAAAUUGAUUCGCUGAGAGAACUUGAGUAUCUUUACAACACAUUAUAUAUUGAGACCUUAUAUAAUAAAACGUUACCCGCCUGGACAAAAUCAGUGUAUCCAGAGAAAAUGAAACCGCUUGCAGAAUUUAGUUUUAAAAUAGCAGCCUACAAUAAAAUAAUGCAGCGACUAAAAAUAGGUUCGCUGAUAGGAGAAAUGACUGAUCACAUGGUCUCAAAAUCCCGCGGCAAAUUAUCACCUGAUAGAAAAAUAUGGAUGUAUAGCGCUCAUGAUGAUACUGUUGCUAAUUUAUUGAUGGGAUUGAAUUUAUUUUAUCCCCACUUCCCACCUUACACGGCGACAAUUCUCAUUGAAUUACGAACUAAUUCAGUUAAUGAAUUUUUCGUAACGAUUUCUUAUAAAAACACUAGCGGAGAGCCAAGUCUGCUAACCUUACCAGGUUGUACGCCAUCUUGUCCACUUGAUGACUUUGUAAGAUUAACUAAAGACGUCGUGCCGACUGAUCUUGAGAGAGAAUGUCUGAUUGGUUCAUUAGAUAAUCAAAAUAUUUUAAGCUCUAAUCAAAAUGGUUACCACAAUUUUGACAAUCGGGUUAAUAUUCCUAUGGUAGUUGGAAUAUUGAUAUCGACAAUAAUAAUGAUUACUAUAAUGAUCGCACUGAUACUAUUUUUUUAUUGGCAUUACAAGCGUAAUUACCAUCAGUAUUACUUGCGUCUUUCAACAGAACCACUUUAGAAGACUUUUAUUUUUCAAUUGCAAAAGCUCAAUAUUUAUUAUCAAUUAAUUUUUAUAGUAUGAUAUGUUUGUUUUAAUUUUAAUUUGUGCAUAAUAUUGUAAUUAUAAUACAGAAUAUUUUUCUGAAACACUGCGCUACCGGAAGGUCGACGGUUCGAUUCCGGUUCGAUGCCUAUGUAUUAAAAUUAAAUAUAUUUUUAAUAUUAUCUCCUUUAAGAUGCAUAGAAAGUUAUUAAAUUAUCUACGAUACAUCACAAAAAAUUGUUAACUAAAUUAUUGAAUUCCCUGGUAGAAAUUUUUCCGGGCGUGUCCGAUUACAAAACAAUACCUGGUCAGGGUAAUAACAUACCCUGGUUAUAUGACCCCUAGAUGCCCGGCCGGAGGAAACUACGAUAUGGCUGGCAGGUAUUAAGCCGAGUGUCCCCUGGCGGAUUUCAUAUUACGGUAAUGUAUCGUAAUGCGGCGGUAUACUUACGGCAACAGUGUCAAUAUGCCGUAAUUCUACGGUAAAUUUGCCGUAAAAAAAUCAGGUACAGCUGCACUGGGCAUUUACGAUAAACUGUAAACAUUUUGUUAGACUGUAAAUUCCGACAUCCUAAGGGUAAUUAAUAGUUGUAGUGUAUUUCAAAGUAGAUAUACCGUAAGGUUACGUUAACUUUCUCCUGGGGUUCUAAUAUUGCAGUGGUUUUUACAGUAACUUACGGUUACUUAUGAUCGCACAAAUAGUUACUGUAUUUUUACUGUAAAUUUACCGUAUUCUUACAGUCAUGCUACGGUAAUUUUUUGCUUAGUAGUCAUGCUAGUGUAGGAUUAGGUAGUCUUACAGUCAUGCUACGGCAGGAUUAAAGUAAUUUUUUGCCGUAAAUUUACCGUUUUCGUACAGUAAUGUUACGGUAGAAUUACAGUAAUUGACACUGUAAAUUUACCGUAUUAAUAGUCAUGCUACUGUAGGACUACGGUAGUUUUUGCUAUAAAUUUAUCGUAGUCUUACAGUCAUGUUACGGUAGGAUUACAGUGAAUUCUACUGUAAAGUUGCCGUAUUAAUAGUCAUGCUACUGUAGGAUUACGGUAGUUUUGGCUAUAACUUUACCAUAGUAUUACAGUCAUGUUACGGUAGGAUUACAGUAAAUUUACCGUAUCUAUACAGUCAUACUACUGUAGGAUUACGGUAGUUUUUUACUAUAAAUUUACCGUAUUCUAUCAGUCAUGCUACUGUAGUACUACGGUAAGAUUACGGACGGUUAUGGUAUAUUGUCCCAGUACCGGAACAUGCGGUAAAUUACCGUAAUAUCGGGUCCGCCAGGGUAGACACCUGAUUGGUCGGGUUUCUAAAGAAACAAAUUUCUAUAUCUCUGGAUGUGUUGACCAUUCGGACACUUGACUAUUGUAAAACUUAUCACCCAAUCGACGGGUACCUGACCAGUAAUUACUGCGUCAGUUUAAAAUAUUUGAAUAGUAUUUUAUGAUCAUCAGAAAAAAAAUGUUUUUAAAUCUUAUUCAAAGGCAUGUUACGAAAUAUUUGUAAUUAACGAAUUUAAAUAUAUUUAAAAUUAAUAUUAAAAAAGAGAAAAAACAAAUAUUUUUUUUGUUUAUUUAUUUAUUUAUCGUAAUAAAAGUAAUCAUGUAUUUUGUGAUUAUUUGAUAUAAAUAUAUAGUUAUAUACAUAUAUAUGAACUAUAAUAAUUAUUAAAAUAUAUAACAAUUGUAUAAGAUAACCUGAAAUAUAUAUCUACCUCAAUUUAUAUUUACAUUAUUGGUGGGCUAAUUAAUUAUUAAAAUAUACAUGUACUUUA